AUUCGUACUACAAACAUGUCGUGCGUAACAAAUUUUGGCAUCCAUUGAGUUUUUCAUUAUAAUUUAUUAUUAUAGGCUUACAAUGAUAUGUCAGUGCUUCAAAAUUAUAUGAAAGUACUUUAAGAUUUGUGAUCUUCUAAGGUACAUAUUUACGUGGUGGAAUUCCUUUGAGAGUAAUACAAAAACACAUGCAUGGAAAAAUUAGGCACCCUAGUUUUGACAGCUCGAAUAUCGGCAUCAAUACGGACGCUAACAUGAAUCACAAUACAAGUGUUAAAGUUGGAAGUUUGAAGCAAAACAUUGCAAAUAUUAAGCAAUUCGAGAAAAAGGAUAAUUUGUUGUCAUAUGCGUUUGAUCAUAUUUAUGCAUGUAACGAAGGAAAUGUAAAAAACAAUACAGAAAAUACACACAUGAAUUCCGAUCAGAGCGAAGUUAAUAACGCAGUGGAAAAUAAAGAACGCUCUAGCGCGUUUUCUCGGCUAAAUGAUAACUUUAAUAAUUCGAUUAGUGAAGUGAGACAUUUAAAGGAUUUAUUAUUGCUGCAUUUGGAUCUAAUUCAGCAGCAAAGUGAACAAUUACUGUCAAAAGACAAAUUAAUAUCAACGCUUAAGCAAGAAAACGAUUUAUUAAAGUCUAAAUUGAAUCGGACAGAUAGAAGGGUGUAUUCAAAACGAAAUAAUUUGAAUGGGAUAAAUACUAGAUGCCAAAGUCCAGAACAACUGCAAAGUCAAUCCCCUGUGGAAGUAUUUUUAUCUAAUGGUUAUUGCAAUAAUUCACAGGAAUCAAAUUCAUUAGAAAAGUCUCUAACAGUUUUUAGUCCAAUAAAUUCAGAUAAUACACAUUCAAAUAACCAAAUUUCUUUAGAAAAAAGUAAAGACAAAACUAAUAAAUCGAGAGUAAUCAAAAGCAAUGGAGUGAAUGACUCUGUUGAAUCCAGUGUAAUUGGUGAAAAUGGAGGCAAUUUGAUCAAUAAAAUAAUUUUACAUAAAAUUAACACAAAUUAUGAGCUAUCACUCAAUAAUGGUUUAAAUUAUGAAAGUAAUGUAGAACAAACAAAUGGUGGACUAGGCUUAGAAAAACGAACGGAAGAUUUAUUGUCACCUGUUAAUGUUAAAACUGAGGAUAAAAGUUUUUGUGAAGAAGGAAUUUCUCUCGAUUCAAGCAGUUCGAAGGCUAAGAAAAGAAAUAUUGAAAAUAAUACUAUUCUGGGUUCUUUUGGAUCAGAACUUCUUAACCAUCAUGAACCUAAAAGAAGAAUACGAGAACUUCUAAUGACGAGUAAAGAAUAUCAUAUUGCUAUUGGGGAUGUUGAGUUUGGUUCAGAAGAACAAGAAGAUGUAUCAAUUAAAGAUCAAAGUAGUAUCCUAGAGGUUCCGCGAUGGUGUGGCCAAACAUAUACAAGUUCAAAUUCUGUUGAAGGGAUUGAAAACUUAGAUGACAGUAUUAUUGCUAAAAGACAUAUGAAAUGGGAAAUCGAAGAAAAGAGAAGGAAACGGUGGGAUGUACAAAGGAUACGGGAGCAGCGCACUAUCGAGCGCCUGAAGUCGCGGCAGAGCCGUUCGGGUAACACUCGACUAAGUGUCGGAGGCGCAAUGUCGGGUUCAAGUAGCGGGAUUUUUGGUUCGGCGGGGGGUCGACUUUCACCGAAUGGAGAAGAGGACGUUGGGUGCCAAGCGCCGGAAUCACUAUGGCCCGAUCCGCAUGAUGCACGCUUCAUAGUGCUAACUGAACAGUUGCCUGUGUGCGCUCUCGGAGCCAAUUUACCUCUUCUACAACCUAGAGAGUUUUCUCUACCUUGGAGUACUCGAUCUACAGCAAGAUCACCUGGAGGAACAGAAUCGAGAAGGUCAUCACAAACAGCUAAUAGACAUCGACGACAAAGAAGGCAACGCAUCAAAAGUCGCACAAAAUCAUUAGCGUAAUGCGGAUUCUAUAUGAUCUAGUAAAAUGUUUAAAAAACAUUGAGAUUUUGGAAACCCAAUAAUUACAAGUAAUGCAAGGAAUUAUCAGUAAGUAUAAACCUCUAUAUUUUUAUUUUAAG